AUGACGUCCUCACCUGGAUCUCCCGGCUCCCCCGGCAAGCAGCACAGACCGAUCCUCCAAUCCAUGACGGACACGCGCCAGCAGAGCUUUGACGAAAUCUACGGCCCGCCCGAGAACUUCCUCGAGAUCGAGGUGCGCGCGCCGAGCACCCACGGAAUCGGCAGACACAUGUACACCGACUAUGAGAUCGUCUGCCGCACGAACAUACCAGCCUUCAAGCUGCGCCAGAGCAGCGUGCGCCGCCGCUACUCGGAUUUUGAGUACUUUCGCGACAUACUCGAGAGGGAGAGCGCACGCGUCACCAUACCCCCCCUUCCCGGGAAGGUCUUCACAAACAGGUUCAGCGACGACAUCAUUGAGAGUCGCCGGGCUGGUCUGGAAAAGUUUCUCAAGAUUGUCGUCGGUCACCCUCUUCUUCAGACGGGCAGCAAGGUUCUUGCCGCGUUUGUUCAGGACCCCAACUGGGAUCGAAGUGCCUGGUGA